AUGGGAAUUUUUUCCACCACCAUGUAUCAAAUAAUGGGUAGAGAUAGGCCACAUGCCGGAGCAGUUUCCCCGGAUAGUCCAUUUCUGAUACCUGAUUUUCCUCAAUUGAAGUUGACAAGAAAUGACUUUGAUCCACCUUUCUGUGAGAUUGAGCCCACUGGAGAAUGGGUGGAUUUCAUGGCGGAGCAAAUCCUUGCCAAGGUGAAAAGCCAUGGCUUAAUUGUCAACAGUUUUAAUGAGUUAGAAUCAAGCUAUGUUGAUUAUUGGAAUAAGAAAAUGGGGCCAAAAGCUUGGUGCGUUGGGCCACUCUGUUUAGGAAAACCACCUUCUACGGCCGCCCUGGAGAAACCACUGUAUAUUCAAUGGCUGGAUGACAAAUCUGAAAAAAGUGAAACAGUCUUAUACGUUUCAUUUGGGACACAGGCAGAAGUUUCAGAAGAACAAUUACAUGAAAUUGCUAAGGGUUUAGAAAAAUCCCACGUGAGUUUUCUGUGGGUUUUGAGGUCAAAAGGAUUGGAAAUUUUAAAGGGUUUUGAAGAGAGAGUGAAAACAAGGGGAUUAAUAAUGAAAGAAUGGGUUGAUCAAAUGGAAAUCUUAAAUCAUAAUGCAAUAAAAGGGUUUUUGAGUCACUGUGGAUGGAAUUCAGUUAUUGAAAGUUUAUCUGCUAAUGUGCCAAUUUUAGCAUUUCCAAUGAUGGCGGAGCAACACCUGAAUGCAAGACUUGUGGCGGAGGAAAUCGGUGUAGGGCUGAGAAUCACGCCAUCGAGUGGGUCUGUCCGGGGGUUCGUGGCGGCGGAGGAGGUGGAGCAAAUGGUGAAAGAGUUAAUGGAAGGGGAAAAGGGUAAGGCGGUGAAAAGGAAGGUGGAGGAAAUCAAAGACACUGCAUGCGCCGCCACCGAAGACGGCGGUUCUUCCUGGCACACGCUCAAUUUCCUUAUAGAUGACGUUUGUGGGAAAAGUUUUUCACAACCUUAUUCUGAUUUAUCCAAAAAUGAAGAAUUCCUGAGUUGCCAAGGGGGUCAUGAUUUACUUGCCAUGCAUACUAAUUGA